GUCGUAUGUCUCCCGCAAACGAAGCGAACUUGUGUUUAAGAGAGCGUGACUAACAAAGAAGCUUCAUGGGUCGCCGCAUUGAUUCGGCGGCAGUAGGCCGCAUUCUCGAAUCUGUUCUCCUCUUGCGCUCGGCACGACUGACCGGAAUCCUCAGUCGUGGGGAGUCGCCGCUUUUGCCGCCUCACUCAAGCACUGCCAUAGCAGGCGCGCGUCUGGAGGCGGAAUCGGCGAUACGGUCUGCACGAGAGUACUUGCGUGAUGCUCUCCUUGACGCAGUGGAGAUCGAAGCCUCGUCAUCGGCAGGGUCAUCUCUCGUCGUUGUUGAGGAUCCGCGUUUAGCAAGCAGCAAGAAAGGUGUUAUGCUAACCGAAAAGACGUGGGAGCCGCGUAAAGAGAUUGGAUCCGUGUUGGAAGGCAGGGACCUUCGUCAGAUGGACCUUUCGGGCGCGCGGCUCAGUGCCAGCUUUAAUCGGAGUGACCUGACAGAUGCAGCUCUCGUUGGCAGCUACUUUGCACAUUGCACCUUCAACUCGUGUGUCGUGCACAACGCCGACCUUUCUGGCGGCCAAUUUCACUCGUGCACCUUCAUGUCCACUGACGCAAGUAGGGUCACGGCUCGCCGGGCGCAUUUCUCUCACUGCACCUUUCAUCGCGCCGACCUUUGCGAUUGGGACGCCUGCGGUGCAACUUUUUUCCAAUGCUCAUUUACCAUGUCCGAUCUGUCGCGAUGGCACGUGGACGGGCAGACCACAGUGAUCAAGCCCGUCGACUGGGGGCGUUGCAGGCGUCUAAACUGGACAAUGAAGCCCGGUAGCGGACUGCGAGAGUGCCGUGUUGUUGGCGACGUAAACGCGAUGGGCGCACUCUCUUUAGGACCGCCGCACAGGCCGGGGUGUCGGCCUUGGCGCAGCGGGAAGUAG